CGGGCGGCAAACGCAGCACUUUCCGCGGCUUUGACAAGCCCGCGGCGGCGGCCGGGCCCAAGCGCUAAACGGGGCCGGGACUGCGCCAUGCAGGAAGCGCCAGCCGCGCUGCCCACGGAGCCGGGCCCUAGCCCCGUGCCAGCCUUCCUUGGCAAGCUAUGGGCGCUGGUGGGCGACCCGGGCACCGACCACCUGAUCCGCUGGAGCCCGAGCGGGACCAGUUUCCUCGUCAGCGACCAGAGCCGCUUCGCCAAGGAAGUGCUGCCCCAGUACUUCAAGCACAGCAAUAUGGCGAGCUUUGUGCGGCAGCUCAACAUGUACGGUUUUCGGAAGGUGGUGAGCAUCGAGCAGGGUGGCCUGCUGAGGCCGGAACGGGACCACGUCGAGUUCCAGCACCCGAGCUUCGUGCGCGGCCGAGAGCAAUUACUGGAACGCGUGCGGCGUAAGGUGCCUGCGCUGCGCGGCGACGACGGCCGCUGGCGCCCUGAGGACCUGGGCCGGCUUCUGGGCGAGGUGCAGGCUUUUCGGGGAGUGCAGGAGAGCACCGAGGCGCGGCUGCGGGAGCUCAGGCAGCAGAACGAGAUCUUGUGGAGGGAGGUGGUGACGCUGCGGCAGAGCCACGGUCAGCAGCACCGGGUCAUUGGCAAGCUGAUCCAGUGCCUCUUUGGGCCACUUCAGGCGGGGUCCAGCAGCACAGGAACUAAGAGAAAGCUGUCCCUGAUGCUGGAUGAGGGGUGCCCAACACCAGCCAAAUUCAACGCCUGCCCCCUACCUGGUGCCCUCCUGCAGGACCCCUACUUUAUCCAGUCGCCUCUCCCAGAGACCACUCUGGGCCUCAGCAGCCCUCACAGGGCCAGGGGCCCCAUCAUCUCUGACAUUCCGGAAGACUCUCCAUCCCCUGAAGGAACCAGGCUUUCUCCCUCCAGUGGUGGCAGGAGGGAGAAGGGCCUGGCACUGCUCAAAGAAGAGCCAGCCAGCCCAGGGGGGGAAGGCGAGGCCGGGCUGGCCCUGGCCCCAAACGAGUGUGACUUCUGCGUGACAGCACCCCCACCGCUGCCUGUGGCUGUGGUGCAGGCCAUCCUGGAAGGGAAAGGGAGCCUCAGCCCCGAGGGGCCCAGGAGUGCCCAGCAGCCUGAACCAAGAGGCCCCAGGGAGGUUCCUGACAGGGGGCCUCUGGACCUGGAGAGAGGAGCCCGAAGCCCAGAGAGUCUGUUGCCUCCAAUGCUGCUUCGGGCCCCCCCUGAAAGUGUGGAGCCUGCAGGGCCCCUAGAUGUGCUGGGCACCAGCCUCCAAGGGCGGGAGUGGACUCUCAUGGACUUAGACAUGGAGCUGUCCCUGUUGCAGCCCUUGGUUCCAGAGAAGGGUGAGACUGAGCUGGCGGUCAAGGGGUUAAAUUCUCCAGGGCCAGGGCUGGCGCGUGGCCACUGCGACCUCCGGGAAGCGGGGGCUUUUGGCGUCACACCCGGCACCGCAGUGCAUCCGUUCUGUGAGCCUGGCCGGCGUGCCCGGGGUGAAGAGGGAAAGCCGACUACGUGUACGAGCCCAGGCGGUACGCGACCUCUGUGGCCUGCCUCUCCGCGUCCUGGGAAGAACGGCCCCCUUUCCCCACCCCCUCGCGGUUCCCGGCAGCCCUGGCCGCCCCGCCCCCGCCGCAGCUGCUGCUUCCAUCCCCACCCCGCCCGGCCCUUUCUGCCUUGUCAUCUCCUGCCCCGCCGAGGCUCGACCCGUGAGUGGGGCCGCCGGGAGCGCACGGACCGGGAGCCCCCCCGACCCCCGGCUGCGGUAGGGAAGAGAAACUGA